AUGGAGGUUUUAGAGGAACCCACUAUUUGGCAAAAAGCCUGGGUAUAUUACCAGAAAGGUCUGGAAAAUGGAGAUAAAAGGAUAGAAAACUGGCUGCUGGUCUACUCCCCUGUCCCUGUCUGCUGUAUCAUUAUGUGCUACCUGGUCAUUGUUUGGGCCGGGCCAAAGUUCAUGGCAAAGAAGGAGCCGAUCAACCUCAAAAUUGUCUUGAUUCUUUACAAUUUCACAAUGGUCUGCCUGUCUGCCUACAUGUUUUAUGAGUUUACAGCAGCUUCCUGGUUGGCUAGUUAUAGUCUACUGUGCCAGCCAGUCGACUACAGCAACAGUCAACUGGCCAUGAGGAUGGCUAGUGUGUGCUGGCUGUUUUACAUCUCCAAAUAUGUAGAGUUCAGUGACACAAUGUUUUUCAUACUGAGGAAAAAGAACAGCCAGCUGACCUUCCUGCAUGUCUACCAUCACAGUACCAUUAUUUUGAACUGUUGGCUGGGAUUAAAAUACACGCCAGGUGGCCAGUCUUUCAUGACUGGCCUGCUCAACUCCCUGGUUCAUGUGGCAAUGUAUCUCUACUAUGGUCUCGCUGCAUUUGGACCACGAAUGACCAAAUAUCUCUGGUGGAAACACUAUCUCACAACACUACAGCUGCUUCAGUUUUUCCUGCUAACCAUUCACACCGUUUACAACUUGUUGGCUGAUUGCGACUACCCUGAUUCCUUGAACUUGAUUGGGUUCAUCUACGCUCUCAGCCUCAUCGCACUCUUCACUCAGUUUUACUACCACAGCUACCUCACAUCAAAGACCAAUGACCUCAGAAAGUGUAAGGUGUGA